GGCACAUCCCCUUCACGCCCUGCUCUAAGUUAUAAACCUUACACAUCAUUGCCAAACCUUCAAACAGCUGCCUUUAACUCACAGCAGAGGAGCAACACAGGAUCCGUGUGCCUACUACUACUACGGCAUGCGGGAUGGGCCAAACUCGCUCGGAUCUAUCGCGCAGCACCUCCACACCAGGAGCAGCGAAAUGGAAAGCAGGCGAGACAGCUCAGCGGCUCCGGAUCAGCCGACGAUUUAGGAGCGGAGAAAAGCGACGUGGUGACCAGCUGAACAGGAAUCCGAUGAAAAACAAAGUGCUGUCGUGUCUGGGAAGGAGAAAGCGAGACUCCAGUCAAAGUGAGGGAGAUUUAGGUUGCGGAAACGGAGCCGGCGGAGAUCCUGCAACGAGCCGCGAUCACCGUGCGGGAAAGUUACCACGGGACGAGGUUGCAUCUGCGGGCGGGGAGCACCGAGGAGCCCCGGGUUGUUGUUUUGAGACACCGUCCGGCCUUCAUGUGAAUACUACCGAGGCUCAUGUCUCCAAACGCGCCGUGAACCGAGAGGCGACGGCCGGCUCGUCCGAUGCUGCGGGCUGCGAGGAGCCGACACCCGGCCGAGAGGACAAUGCCUCGGACCCCCCGACGAGGGCAAUGGAUGAUCAGCCACUGGGGGGAAACGAGCAGGGUGGGGUUGGGUGUGAGGUUGGGCAAUUAACAGGAGAUAGGCAGAGAUCAGCCCCGGUGCUGCUCACCUCUGACCCGGACGCGCAGCGCACUUUGUCCAGCAGCGUGCCCUCGGAUAAACCUCUGGAUAGUGGACUGUCAGAUCACGCUGCUGAUGAAAUGACUAAAACAGACUGUAAUACCGUUUCUUGUUCCUCCAAAGAGACGGGUGACCAAAUAAAUUGUUGUGAAGUUGAAACUGAGAUCCCUGUGGACUCUGCUCAUGCGCCCCAGAGUCCCCCAGGAGGCCAAUGUUACCCAGGCACCAUACCGAAACUCAUCAUAACCAGAGACCCCAGCCCCAGCCGGUCUCCCACACAGCUGACCGGGGGAACGGAGCUCAACACCGGGUCGUGUUUGGAUCCUCACCCCGAUGACGAGUCUCCCUGCUCGGACAGCGGCUGCGGAGGGUCCCCGGCUCUGAUGCGCUCACCGAGGAAGCUGUCCAACUCGUCCUCCAUCGGCUUGUCCUCCGCCUCCUCCUUCGAGGAGUCCGAGGACGACUUCACCGGGAGCGACAUCGAGUCCAGUCUGUCUCCGGCACGGUCUCUGUGCAGCCCGGACGAUGGUGCAGGGAAUAAGUCCUGGCAGAAGUUGAAGACCAUGGUUCACUGGUCCCCCUUUGUCGUGUCCUUCAAGAAGCGUUACCCAUGGGUGCAGCUAGCUGGCCAUGCAGGUAACUUCCAGGCUGGGGAAUACGGGCGCUUAUUGAAGCGAUACUGCGAGUGUGAGCAGCACUGCCUACAGAAGCUGAUGAAGGACACUCUGCGCCCUUAUGUGCCUGGUUAUUAUGGUGUAGUGCAGAGAGAUGAGCAGGACUAUAACCUGAUGGAUGACCUGCUGGCUGACUUUGACUCACCGUCCAUCAUGGACUGUAAGAUGGGCAGUAGGACGUAUUUGGAAGAGGAGCUGAUAAAAGCCAGAGAGCGUCCACGUUUGCGGAAGGACAUGUAUGAUAAGAUGGUGGCAGUGGACCCCGGGGCCCCGACAGAGCAGGAGAGGACCCAGCAGGGCGUCUUAAAACCAAGAUACAUGCAGUGGAGGGAGACGCUCAGCUCCACGGCCACUCUGGGCUUCCGCAUCGAAGGCAUUAAGAAAGCUGACGGGACCUGCAACACCAACUUCAAGAAGACAAAAUACAAAGAGCAAGUGAUGAAGGCUUUGGAGGAUUUUGUUGAUGGAAACACUCAGAUUCUGAAACUCUACCUGCAGCGGCUGGAGGAGCUUCGCACAGCGCUGGAGCAGUCGCAUUUCUUCAGCACACACGAGGUCGUAGGCAGCUCUCUUCUGUUUGUGCACGACGCUUCGGGAAAGGCCAGAGUGUGGAUGAUCGACUUUGGGAAGACGGUUCCCCUGCCGGCACCCCGCACCCUGGACCACAGGACUCCCUGGAUGGAGGGCAACAGGGAGGACGGUUACCUGUGGGGACUGGACAAUCUCAUAGACAUCUUAAGCAGUAUGCUCCCACAGACACCCUGAGAGGGAGACAGGAGGACUUCAGUGAAAGUUGAACCCCCGAGUCCUGAUGGUAGAAGAGAUGCAGGAACAGAGGAAUUUGAAGAAAAGGGUGGAAUCAUUACUGAUUACAAACUCAACAUGUUCAAGAAGAGGAAAUGAGACUAACAGAAGGUUUAUUGCAAAGUGGAAUUUGCCAAAGGCCAACGUUGUGCAUCAUGCUCCAUUUGUCUCUGAGACUCCUUUUGACAGUUUGAGUUUAUGAACCUCUGACUCACUUUUGCCUGCAAAAGGGACACAUGUGAAGUAUCUCACCUCCCUCAUCACCACCUCCCCCUGCUGGUUAGAGGUGCACAUAGCUCUCUGACAACCAUGAACUUCAGGCAGAGGUGCUUUACAUGGCCUUCGAGGAACUGGGUUAAUGGGAGUUUUAUCUUCUGUCAUGGACCACUUUUGAACUUUUGAUGUUUAAGUGCAAGUAUACAACAACACUAAAACACUGGUCAAACCACGUGUUAACUAACUCAAGUGUGUAAAUACAACUUAAUUUAAUUUUUUUCCUUUUUUUGGCCUUGGUAUAACCUGCUUACCUUGUUUGUACAAUUUCUGUGCCUAGCAUUUUGAAAGGAAGAGCUGUGUGAUCAUUCCAGUGCAAGUGGACUCCUGCUAUUUUUCUUCCAAAGAGUUCACCCAAGUAUUAACUGAUUUACAUUUAAUCCCAAAGUUGAACGUCUGAUAAAAAAACUGAAAAGUGUUUUCUAAAUUGGAUUUUUGUAUGAUAAUGCAGUGAAAGUAUGUGAGAUACAAUUUAUUUUCCAUUUAGCUGUACAGUUUAGUUUGGCAGCCUUGUUUGUCUGGAAUUAGUUGCACUAUGAAUCCUCACAAAGCCAUUGAACAAAACAAGCGGUGCCUCUGUGUGUUAAGAUGGGAAGCAGCACUCGAGCACUGAGUUUACAGACGCUCAAUUCUCUCUGAUCAGUGUCGCUCUUAGAUUUCCAGGGAGGCUACAGAGUCUUACACUUAAAUGGUGUAAAAGGGUGAAAGGAAACUGGAAUUACCUGAUUAAACUGAUCAGUCUUAGUUUGGGCUUUUGUGAGGUUUCACCUAUGUAUCAAUUUACAUGUGAUCUUGAAACUGGAAAAUUUGAACGUCUUAUGAUGGGGGAGGGAUGACGCAUAAUGGAGUACGAGAGUAUCGCUGUAAAACAUGACGACAAUGCUUUAAACCUCAUUUAGCUACACUAAAAGGUUUCAAUUUUUUGAGGGUUUACAAAGAAAACAGCAACAAGAGCAUGUACCAUUGUUAUAUUUAGAUAUUAAGGAAGUGCUUACGACCAUAUUUGAUGUUCCCUGUUCGCAGGUCAGCGAACAUAACAGCUGUGCGUCUUCCAGACAUCAGUUGGCAGUGUCGUUGUGUGCGUGUGUGUGUGGGUGUGUAUGCGUCUGCGUCUGCGUGUGCGUGCGUGUAUGUAUGUGUGUGGAUGGCUCACCCAGUACAGACAAGCUUUCUAAACGAGUGCCGCAAACAUCAGACUUCAUGAAAUUGGAAUUCUACUUCAGGACUUCAGUCUUUCCAUCUCUGAACAGUAAACCCAGGAGAAGAAUAGAUAAUGUCGUGUUUACAGAGUAUUAUAUUUUGCCCACAAAUUCUCUAUAUUUGUAAUGUGGCAGCAAACUAUCAGGUUUUCAAACUGGGUGCUUUCUAUGUAAGAAAACUGGAUUCAUAACCACACUUUGUAUUUUUAAAGGCAGUGUGACUGGUGAUGAUUGAUAUUAAAACCAUGCUUUGUCCAGAAGGUCAUGGAUUGCAAUAAACUGGAAAUAAGCGUU